UACACACACUCCAUUGUUCCUCAACUCAACUUAAUUGCAUUGGUCAAAUAAUGGAGAAAGCUUCUUCCUUCUUUCUCAUUCUUAUCUUAUCAUCAUGCCGUCAUUUCAUGGCUUCCUCAGACACAAUCAAAUCCAACAACAACAAUGAAGACCAAUCAGCACUUCUAGCCUUAAAAUCUCACAUCAAUUUGGAUCCUCAACACAUGUUGUCCAAUAAUUGGUCCACCACUUUCCCCCUAUGCAAUUGGUUUGGUAUCACUUGUGAUGCAAAUACAAGAAGGGUAACAUCCUUAAAUCUCACAAACAUGAACUUAAAUGGUACCCUUCCUUCUCAAUUAGGGAACUUAACUUAUCUUCUAAACCUUGAUCUUCACAAUAAUAGCUUUAAUGGUAUUGUUCCAAAGGAAUUGGCCUUGUUACCCAGAUUGGAGGUUCUCAAUUUGUGCACAAAUAACUUUGGUGGUGAACUUCCACCAUGGAUUAGUGAGUUAUCUAACCUCCAAAGUUUGAGUCUUUGUAACAAUAGUUUUUCAGGGUCAAUCCCUACUUCACUAUCUAACUUGUCAAAGUUGAAGAGCUUGAAUUUGACCUUUAAUUUCAUUAGUGGAAGCAUUCCACAUGAGCUUGGAAGGCUUCAUAACCUGAGUGUUUUGGACUUGUCACACAAUAAGUUAUCUGCUGAUAUUCCUUCUUCAAUCUUCAAUAUCUCCACACUCCAAGUCAUUGAUUUAGCCUAUAAUUCUUUGUCAGGAAGCAUUCCUCAAAAUGUUGGGAAUGUAUCACAAUUAAGAAGUAUAGAUUUGAGCAAGAAUGAUCUUGUAGGCAACGUACCAUUAUCCUUUUUCAAUAUCUCAAAUCUUGGGCAGAUUAGAUUCUCUUACAAUAACCUAACUGGCUCUCUUCCAUCGGAUUUGUGCCUUGCGUUCCCAAUGCUUGAAUUUCUUGACCUCUCUGGAAAUUCAUUUUUCGGUGAAAUUCCGUCAAGUUUGCAUCAAUGUUGGAAGCUCAAAUUUCUGAAUAUGGACAACAAUAGAAUUUACGGACACCUACCAAGUGAUAUCGGCAGCUUAUCUAUGCUUCAAACCUUAAGUCUUAACAACAACAAUUUAACAGGUUCACUUCCACAGUCUCUUUUCAACAUCUCCAGUUUAAGACUAAUAAACCUUCGGAACAACUUCUUUGGUGGUCAACUUCCUGAAGAGAUGUGUGAUCAAGCUCAUUCCUUACAACACAUUUCUAUAUUAAAUAACAAUGUUGGUGGCACCAUUCCAAAGUCUAUUGGCAACUGCACCUCAUUAAUAAACUUAUAUCUCGGAGCAAACUUUUUCACAGGUACAAUACCCUAUGAGAUAGGUGACAAAUUAAGAAAGCUUGAGAUAUUGCACUUACAAGGCAACAAACUAACAGGAUCAAUCCCUCCAAACAUCUUCAACAUCUCAGGACUACAAAGCCUCUCACUCUCAAACAACAAUCUAUCAGGAACUCUUCCAAUUCAAGCACAUCACACCCUCUCCAAUCUCCAAUUCCUCUACAUUUCUGGGACCAACCUUAGUGGAGAAAUUCCAACACCUCUUUUCAAUGCUUCAAUGCUACUUCAGCUAGUACUUGCCAACAGUUCCUUUUCAGGACCUAUACCUGAUUCAUUUGGCAACUUGAGAAAUCUCCAGGUCCUAUAUCUCUUGGGAAACAACUUCACUGGUGGUCUUGGUUUCCUCAAUUCACUCACACAAUGCAGGCAAUUGACAAAGAUUCUUUUAGCAUCUAAUCCCCUUGGUGGAACACUUCCAAACGCCAUUGGAAAUCUUUCACAAUCUCUUCAAAGGUUUGAUGUGAGGAGUUGUAACAUCAAGGGUGAAAUUCCUCCACAGAUUGGAAACUUGAAGAACCUAUAUGAUUUAAAGAUGUAUAACAACCAAUUUGUAGGAGAGAUUCCAAGCACAAUUGGGAACUUACAGCUUCUUCAAUUAUUGGAACUUUCGAACAAUAGGCUAAAUAGCUCUAUCCCAGAACAAAUUUGCAGGAUUCAGAAUUUGAACCAGUUGAUUCUUAGCAAUAACAACAUUUUUGGGCCAAUUCCAAGAUGUGUGGAUCAUCUUUCUUCUCUAAGAAUACUUUACUUAGAUUCCAACAACCUAAACUCCACAAUACCUUCCACACUUUGGAGCCUCAGUUAUAUCUUGGAGGUAAAUUUAUCCUCCAAUGGCCUUGAAGGGUCUUUGCCAGCUGAGAUAAGUAGCAUGAAUGCUGUGAUCAAUUUGGAUAUUUCACAUAACAAGCUUUCAGGAAAAAUUCCCACUGGAAUUGGUAGCUUGCAAAGAAUAUUGAAUCUCUCAUUAGCCUAUAACAUGUUACAAGGGCCUAUUCCUGAUUCAAUUGGGAACAUGUUGAGUUUGGAAUUUCUUGAUUUUUCCCAUAAUCUUUUAUCAGGAACCAUUCCUAAGUCCUUUGUGAACAUUGUUGAUCUCAAGUUUAUAAACUUGUCUUAUAAUAGGCUACAUGGUGAGAUUCCUUAUGGUGGCAAGUUUAUAAAUUUCAAACCUCAAUCAUUCAUGAUGAAUGAUGGACUCUGUGGAAGACCAAAUUUUGGAGUCCCACCAUGUUCCAAUGAUGGUGCAAAAAACAGUAGGAGAUCCAAAGCUCUGAAAUUGGCAAUACCCUUAAUUGUAUUAUGCAUGAUUCUUGCAUGUGCAGUUAUUUUGAUAUGCAGAAGAAAACCAAGAAAGGGUUCAGCUGCUGAAGACUUACCAUCGUUUCAAUUUCCAAGUCGAAUUUCCUACUUUGAACUCUUGGAGGCAACACAGAAAUUUGAUGAGAGCAAUCUUAUUGGAAGAGGGGGUUUAGGUUCUGUUUUCAGAGGUGAGCUUUCAAAUGGAACUGUGGUUGCUGUUAAAGUAUUCAACUUGGAGAUACAACAAGCACCAAGAAGCUUUGAUGCAGAAUGCGAAGCGAUGCGAAAUCUUCGCCAUAGAAAUCUUGUUAAAGUCAUCAGCAGUUGCUCAAAUUCCAUUGAUUUCAAGGCCUUGGUGAUGGAAUUUGUAGCAAAUGGGAACUUGGAGAAAUGGUUGUAUUCUCAUAACUAUUGCCUACCAUUCAUGCAAAGGUUGAAGGUAGUAAUAGACGUUGCAUGUGCAUUGGAGUAUCUGCACCAUGGUAACACUAGACCUGUGGUGCAUUGUGAUCUGAAGCCAAGUAAUGUUCUGUUGGAUGAAGAUAUGGUUGCACAUGUUUGUGAUUUCAACAUUGCUAAACUAUUGGAAGAAGAUCAAUCUGAAAUCCAUACAAACACCUUAGCCACCCUUGGUUAUAUGGCUCCCGAGUAUGGAUUGGAAGGAGUGGUGUCCCCAAAGGGAGAUGUAUACAGCUAUGGUAUUAUGCUAAUGGAAGUCUUCACAAGAAAGAAACCAACUGAUGAAAUGUUUUGUGAGGGACUAAGCUUAAGGUCAUGGAUCCAACAGUCAUUGCCACGUGGGAUAACUGAGGUUGUGGAUCCAAAUUUGAUGGAGGGAGAGGAACAAGUUGUUUCUGCCAUGGAAGUAGCCUUAUCAAAAAUCAUGGACUUGGCUCUGGAUUGCUCUCAUGAUUCUCCGAAUGAGAGAAUUAGUAUGAAGGAGGUCUUUGUUCUGCUAAGCAAAAUCAAAACCACAUUUCAGCAGAGAUGAUGAUGACACAAGGAAGAAAUUGAAGUUAAGACUAUCCAUUAUAAUUUUAUGUUUUUGUUGACCUCUAUGUUAUUUGUCUGAACUUCUAUUUACAUAUACUAGUAUAUCUACCUGUACUUG